AUGUCUUUCUGGAGCUCAUAUCGGUCCCUCUCGCCCAAAACGAGAGCUCUAUUCGGAAUCGGCGUGAUGGCCUGGGCGUCGAUUGGGCUUUGGGCUUCGCCGCAAGUGGAAAAUGCUAUGGGUAUGGCGCCUACCAAGGAAGAACAGGAGGAGUUGGAUCGGAAACUGGCUGUCCGGAUAUCGAGAGUCGAGAAAGAUGCAAAGUAG